AUGCCCAGUAAAUAUCUCUUAACUCCCCCGGAAAGUUUGCACUCCUUGACAACUGAUAGUCGGAAGAGUAUAUAUCCCGACUUUGAUCCAUGGAGGCACACACCAAUUGAGGAUAAGAUAUUCCUAAAUUUUGUAUCCAAGGGAUACUACAAUAGUGCGAGAGUGAACUUCGAGAGUAUCUCGUCAAGGUCGUCUCUACAAGAGUCGCUGCCGGCGGUUUCAGGGCUACUUGCUGACCAGCUUUCCCAGGUCGUGUGCAUCCGGGAGGACCAGGUCAACAAAAUAUCCGCCAAGUCACAGGACUUGAAGACAGCACAUGCUGCCUCUACAGAUCUCUGCGGUCCUGGGUUUCUUCUACCUAAGAGGGUUACUCUUACGGAUCACAAAAGAGAGCUCUGGCUCCAAGAGAUUAGUUCCCCCCAUUCAUCUCUCGCAGAGACUGUCAAGACGAUUCCUCAUGGACUGAAAAGACGGCAGCUUUUGGAGCAAUGUUGCUUGAAACAGAUACCCGUACCUCGGGCUAUUUGGUUGAUUAAAUGCUGUUAUACACUCGAGUGGAAAACUUUGGUCAACAAACAAAGUUUUCAAGAACGCGACGAAGCGUCUACAAAAUUAUUGAAGGAAUGGUCAGACACGAUGGCACAUAUCCUCGAAAAGUUGGUUUUCGAGAUGACACAGUUUUAUAAUGAACCUGUAAAGCUGAAAAACUGGAGACAAAGGAUUGCAUACUACCUUAAACUUCUCGGUAAUUGUUACUCCUUGGGUUUAAUCGAAAAGGAUGUUUUUCAUCACUGGCUGGUGGAUUUCGUUGGUAAAAUCGAGAACUUUGAAUGCCUCCCGAUGACCCUGCACAUCUUGACAGUUUUCUGGACUGGAAUCUUUCCAAAAAGUCAAGAGCACAAUAGUCCCCAGCAGUUGUUUCAAAUCAACAAGAUGACCGAAGCUCUGAUAUACAAGUAUUACAUGGUAUCGACAAGCAAAUCGAUGAUAAACGAUGAACAGUACCUCAUUAAUGAUGUGAAGAAAAACAACAAACUAUCAAUGAUUAUCUCCAGUAGACUGAAAGACCUUAUAGUAAAGAUUUUCGAAGAACAACCGAUGGAAGCUUUUGUUUUUCCAAGCAGCAAUUGGGAGAUCUAUAAAAAUUGCCUUUACAAAAUUCUACAGGUCGACGGCCCCCGAGAUGGCUCUAAAAGAACAACAGAGACGUCAAAGAAACUCGAACUGAUAGUGUAUAGAAACGACUCACUCAAGUUCAACACGAUCCUUCAUGAGGCCGAUGAAGACAGAUCAGUGUCAAACAACGAACAGUUUAAUGACCUCGAGAGUAUUUUCAUUCCAAAAAAAAUCUUGAAACUUAGACAUAUCGACUACAAUCUUACAAAGUUGCUGGACGGCAACUCUGCCGGUGAUGAUUGGAUGAAUUUCGCAGACCAGAAGCUCACCCGAGUUGACCAGCUAAUUCAAAUGAUCCUUUGGGCUGUACAUCCGUCACGAAUCCAUCAUUACGAGGCAUCUCAGUUAGUCGCGAAGCUUUUUCUUCUUAAGAUCAAUAUCAAAAGUGGUCUUAUGGAAUACAGUUUAGAGGAUAAGGUAUGGGCCCUCAUUUUCGUUUUCGCCAAAAUUAAAACGGAAGACUUAAAACUCGUUGUUAAUUUGCCUAGACUCCACCAGCUUCUGAACGUAUUUAUUGGAUACGGCCUUCUAAAGGUUCCCACUUACAUCCGAAAAUUGAUCAGUUCGGGAGUGUUGUACCUACCUGAGUCAGGCGACAAAUUCUUCCAUUGUGACCUUCUUAUCAAUCUCAAAAUUUCUCCUGUGAUGAAGAGUCAAUACAAUAUGGUUUUGCGUAACGUCAUUGACGCGAAUCCUCAAUACUAUGAGGAUUUCAACUAUGAUAGGCUCAUGGAAAGCUUGGAGCAGGCGAAAGCAUGUCUAUCUGAGGGAAAAUUUGACUUUGUAAUAAGAGUACCCUACUGCAUCAAACUAAUGGCUUCUGAGUGGUACUUAAACCAUAUUUGCUCUACUGUAAAUGGGGUUUUGACACCUGUCACGAAAAAAGACGUCAUCGAAAAGUUAAAAGUGUUUUGCAUCAAUCUCGAAGUCUAUCAUCAAUUUUACAAAUGGGUAGAGUUUAUCGUUUAUCACAAACUGCUUGAGGAUCUUGAGGCUUUGGAGUGUUUGGUGGAUAUUUUGAUUUAUUAUGACAAAUUGUUUUCGCUACUGAUCAACGAUCAUAUUCUAUUGAUGAAAACAAUUCUGCACCUUUACUCUGAUAAAUUACUCACGGAUAGUCCCGAGUCUCAAAGUCUAAUUCUUUUGAGCGAAUUCUGGCAUUUCUUCAUGUCAAAGUUUCCGCUUGCUCUGGAAAUUGAUAUAGAUUUGCAAACUAAACUUUUAGAGGCUAAUGAAUUCGAAAAGGCUAAAAUCGAGAAAGUACUGAAGCAGAAGCCAGGCACAGACGAAUUCAUCACUAAUUAUGAGAGACACACCGCACACACGCUUCAAAAUGACAAUGAUGACGCCUUCAACUUUCCUAGCAUCUUUCAGCCUAAUUUAAAAAUUUUGUUAACUUCUGUGGUGGAAGAUGAAAUCAGAUGUGCAAGGAAAAUGAUGAGAGUAUUGAUGAUAAUGAAUUUGUCUGAAUACAACAAAUUUAUGUCCAUAUUUCUGAAAAGGAAAACUGCCAGUGACGAAGAUUUGGCAAGGCUGGUAUCACUCAAGAUUUUAUCUCUAACUUUGAUUCAAAAGGUUUUAGGAGAGUACUCUCUCGUUACUUUACUCAACACAGUGUUCUACGAGCAUGGGAUGGCCUUUGAAUUGCAAAAAAGAAGUUUUACGAGGCACAAUAUCAGUACAGUGAUGAAUGCGUUUUGUGAUACUUCGCCAAAUGAUUAUAAAGAACUCCUUAGUGUGUUAGUCGAGUAUUGUUCUUUCAGAUCAGCGCAGGAACACGCUUUGAAGAUAUUCGACUCCAUGGAAACAAGAGGGGAUAAUAGCUUACACUCGUUUGCUGAAGAACUGCUCACUUUUGGGGUUGGUGAAUCUAAUUUUGCUGGAUUACAGAAUCCUUUGACCAAUAAAAAGUCUGCUCAUGUUAUCAACGAUGAUGGUGAUAUGACAGACGACGAAGUGGACGUUAUUGAUCUUUAUUCAAGACUCGACUUUACGAAUUUGUGGAUAUUUCAAAUCUUGACUUGUCACUACUUAAGGCAGUCUCAGGGAUCCGUAGAAAGCCGUCAAAGUCAAGCACGAUUCGUCUUGGAUAGUAUCAGGAUGACAAACUUCGACCUUACGGCCUCUAAGUUAUUCGAUAAAGUAACAAAUGCUGAUGUCCUCCAACAAACUCUUCAAACUUUAGAGGUAGACUUUUUGCGUGGAGGAGCGGAACAAGAUUCGGAACAAAACUCGGAGCAGAAUUCUCAGUAUCAUACCAUCAUCGAAACUAUCAUCAAUAUCUCCAGAAGGCUCAACAAAGUUUUGGCUGGAAAUAUACCGAUAAGCGACGAAUCAUUCAAUCUCUUACAAACAUGCUGUCGAGAGUUUGCCUUAAAAGAUUCGAAUGACUUGAGCUCUUUUGAAUUCAGACUAGACGUCUUUCUCAAGAUUCUUAUUGUGCAUCAGAAAUUUAUCAUAAGGGAAGGCCUUCAAAAUUCUAGGUUGUUGCUGGAAAACAACGGCGAGUUUUUGAGAAUGUUGUGUCUUCUUUUUCACAAAAUAGGAUUCAGCUUAAAAUUGAAGCUGUUGCUGUAUGAUGUGUUGGCAUCGCUAAAAUCAUUUGUUGUCUAUUCCUCUACUGGAAAAACUUCGCAGCUUUCUUUCAAGGGGCAAUUAAAAGUUCCUCAAGAGCUUCUUGACCUACCCCCUUUCAAAAUCACUUCGUUUAUGCCGGAUUCAGCAUUGAGCAGUGCCGAAAGCAGUGUUGCGUUAGGGAUCGAAAACAUGGCCUCAAAUAAAAUGAUCGAGAAACCUACGUUUUUUAUUUACAAUAAAAAAAUGGAAAGAUUUGAAACCAAGUUGAUAGUGAGACCUUUCCAUGUAUUGAAUAAUUUUCGGGAAGAGGGUUCUGAUUUCAAUAACACACCGUUAAACAUGUGCCUUUUCAAUGCAUGCUUCGAUAGACGAAAUCCAACAUAA